AUGUGGUCUUUGUGGGCAGCGCCUUUGCCUACAACAACUGCUGCCUUGCCACCUGUGCACAUCUCUUCGAGCGGAGGCGAGUGCGACGACCUUCCGAGCCGUGUCCAGCAAGGCCUGGUGGGUGCGCUGGGCGACGCCUGGAACCCAGGCGACGGCAAUGAGAUCUUGGAGGAGGCUUGCUCUCCGCUGGGCCUGGAGCUGCUGCAGGCGCUACGGGCCGUGGCUGUCUCCGGCUUCGAGUUCCGGCGCUGCGCCAACGCCUGGAGGAGAUGGGCCGAGUACGCUCAUGAGUCUGAGCCUGAUCGAGGCUGGAGCCCCGCUGCGCGGCAGGCGCUGCUGCAGCUGCAGCGGGGUGCCGCUCCGGAGGAUGUGGCGGGGCACCACGUCGACCUGGAAGCGGCCGCUCGACUGCCAGCACUCUUGCUCUUGGCGGAGCACGUGGAUGACGACGGUCUGGCUAUGGCCUCGCACGAGAUGCAGAGGAUCACCCACGAGAAUCCCAAGGCGCUGCAGGCCGGGGAGUUCUUCCUUCGCAGCGCUCUGGCGCUGCUCCGGGCUCCGUGUCGGGGGGCCAUGGCCAUGGCAGCGGCGCUGAGGGCUGCCGCCGCGCCGCGGCUCCCGGGGCUCCCAGGGUGCGGCUCCGGGCUGCAGGCCUUGGUGGAGGAGGUUCUGUCCGAAGUUCAAAGCCGAGAAGCUGUCCGGGCACAGCUGGGAGAUCUCACUGGGCCGCUGGCGGCAUUUCACUCUGACGCAGAGGUCUUGGGACGCUUGACCUCCAGCGGUGGGGCCCCGGGCGACGAGGUAAACAGCGCGAAGACCUCCUUUGCGAUCCCGGCCAUCCUGUGGUUUGUCUUGGCCUACGAGACAGCGGACGCCGCGCUGCACGCCAGCAGCGCGUUGGGCGGGGAUGGUCAGUGGAGCCGUGCCUUUUUCGUGGGGCUGCUGCUGGGCUGCCGCGACGGUGUGCCUGGUGCCAAGGAAGUGCAGUUGCCGCGGUUUCAGCCAUUCGCGGGUCCUGCUCUGCAGCUCUGUAGGAAGCCAGGCAAUUGUCAAAGCUCCUCGCGGAGCCUGGAUGGGGUGGUCGCAGACGCAGCGCUGGCGGAGGAGCCUUGCCAAGGCCUCUGCUAUCGCAUCUUCAUGCGCUUCAACGCUAGUUCUCUGCUCCAAAGCCGAGCAGAGAGAUUGACCAUGCCGCCUGACUGGGAUGAGGAGGAAGACGGUCCCUGGAUUCCAGAUGCUGGAGCGACAUGUGUAGCUCGAUACUUUCAGUUUACCACGGAGAGUGGUCGCCACGCUCCAUUCGCGCUGUGGCCAGCCAAUGCCUUGUGCAAGUUUUCGGAGGAGUCUCCUGUUUGGCACGACUCCUUCCAGGUGUCCGUCCCUGAGCCCCUGGUCGGGCUGAUUGGGGGCGCCGUGCUGCAAGCAGGCCGGCGUGUGGACGUGAUGCUGCCCAGCCUCUCUUUGGAUGCAAAGCCGGAGUGGGCUCCGCUCUGCAGCAACGUUGGGCGGGUCAAGCUACCGCAGGGCGAGUGGAUUGAGACAUCGCUUUGA